AUGGUACAGGGUGGUUCAGUAGCUCUGUUAGACCCAUACCAGACCCUGUCCUCAGCCCAGAGGGAGCUCCAGCGCAAGUCCACCCUGCAGCUGCUACACCAUGCCCUGCAGAUCUCAGAGAGUGAGGCUGAGCUCCACGACACCCUGGCCCACAUCCAGGAGCUCAACUCCACCCAGGUGGUCCUCAAUACCACCCAGGCUGGGGACCAGGAGUUGGAGGAGGACCAGGGAGGCCUGGGGAGGUGCAGGUCCAGUCAGGCUGGCCACGGUUCUAUGAGUCUACAGCCACACACUGUGCUCUAUGUCACUAUCCCUGUUUACGGGAGGACAGAGCAUGGCUAGAGGACCGCUGGCUGUUGACUGAUACACUGAUCCAGACAGCCUAUUUCCAGCUGAAUGUGACCAAUAGCAUUUGAUUUGAAGGUGUGUCUCAACAUUUGAUUUGAAGGUGUGGCCCGACACAGCUUCACCGACCUCCACCCAGGUCUGUUCAACAUUGGCAACAGGUUGUUGGUGAGUGUGGAUCUAUUCUUUAAAAUCUGGAGCCAGCUCAGACUGGGCGAGCAUCCUAACCAGGCAGUCAGGACAAAUCCUGGACCACAUCCACAACCACCCUGGUAAGACUCGCUUGGAGCAACUGACAGUUCAGAUGGUUUUGAGCUAUAACUCUUGUCCAUGUUCACCCAUCUCUAACUUCAUCUAUUCUCUCUCUUUUCUUUCUCCUCUCUUCAUCCAACCCUCUCUCUCGCUCUUAUUUUUUACUCAUCCUCCAUUCCUCUUUCCUCCUCUCACCCCUCAAUCUGCUUGUCCGCCCCCCCCUCCAACUCCCCCUCCCUCCGUCGAUCAGUCAAAUCUCUGAGACCCGGGGAGUUGGCCAAUGUCCAGGAGCUGCUGGUCAGUGGCUACUGGGCCUUUGAGUGUCUGACGGCGAGGGACUACAAUGACCUGUGGUGUG